AUGUCGACAUGCAAGACAAUCCUUCGCCAAUUGCCUUGUUGCACUCGUCGUCCAACGCCAUGGAUCCUCCGUUCAACGCCUAGUCGCGUGGUCCUUCAUGACCGUUCGGCCUUUCGCUGCUCUUACGCUUCCAUCUCCGCCGCCGAGCUUAAAUUCGGUCAACCGUUACACGAGACGCAUCCUCAUAUAUUAAGACCUGGAGAACUAACUCCUGGAAUUACAGCUCUCGAAUAUGCUCAGCGCCGUUCGCGACUUGCAAACAAACUCCCCAGACACUCAGUUGCCGUAUUAGCGGCGUCAGAGGUUACAUACCGGGCUUCGGGAAUAUUCAAUGAGUAUCGGCAGGACUCUAAUUUCUUUUAUCUUACGGGAUUCAACGAACCCAAUGCGCUGGCUAUUAUCGUAAAUGAUGGCUCCGGAGACAAUCAUCUAUUCCAUCUUUACGUCCGGGAAAAGGACCCCAAGGCGGAACUUUGGGAUGGGGCUCGUUCGGGUACACAGGCUGCGAUUGAUGUCUUCAAUGCUGACGAGACCGGCGAUAUCGAGCAUAUCGAGGAUAUACUCCCACAGAUUGUUUCAGACGCUACGGAGAUCUAUACAGAUAUCCCCGCUUUUAACUUUGGCAGAUCUUCCUUACAUCGAUAUUUGUAUGGCCCCUCCGGAACAUCGGAGAAGCUUAAGAAGAUUGUUGAUCAUCAAAAAGUCAAGCCUUUGCGUCCGAUCCUUAACGAGAUGAGGGUUUUCAAGAGUGAGGAUGAAGUUGUACAUUUACGUGCAGUUGGCCAAGCUUCUGGAAGAGCGUUCACUAAAUCUAUGCGUCAAACGUUCACAAAGGAAAAGGACCUGACAUCCUUUUUGGAGUACAAUUUCAAGGUCAACGGUUGUGAUCACAGCUCCUUCGUUCCUGUUGUGGCAGGCGGCUCGAACGCGCUGAGCAUCCAUUACACGAGAAAUGACGAUGUCUUAAGAGACGGUGAUAUGGUGCUAGUCGAUGGGGGCGGAGAAGCGGGUACCUACGUCUCCGAUAUCACGAGGACAUGGCCGGUUAACGGCAAGUUCUCGGAUCCGCAGCGGGAUCUGUACAAUGCAGUGUUGAAUGUGCAGCGUAGCUGCGUUUCCCUUUGCAGAGAGACUGCAGGCCUUUCCCUGGACCGACUUCAUAGCGUCGCGGAAAGUGGUCUAAAAGACCAAUUGCAACAACUAGGAUUUGACGUUUCGGGCGAUGCUAUGAGCACUCUGUUUCCCCAUCACGUCGGCCACUACGUCGGACUUGACGUCCAUGACUGUCCUGGAUACCCAAGAGGUUACAACCUGAAAGCGGGCCAAUGCAUCACCGUGGAGCCUGGUAUUUAUGUCCCUGACAGCGACAGGUGGCCCGAGAGGUUUCGAGGGAUUGGGAUUCGCAUUGAAGAUAGUGUGUGUGUUGGGGAUGACAGUCCCAUUGUGCUCACAACAGAAGCUGUAAAAGAGGUCGACGAUAUCGAGGCCCUUCGAGAAUAA